CUCUCAGUGCUGGAUCCUCAUUUCCUGCAAGAAGAUUUUAUUUUAUUUAUGACUUUAAGAGCUGGACUGAUGCUCAGACUUACUGCAGACAGRAMUACACAGACCUGGUGACCAUAGAGGACAUGGAGGACGUGAACAUCCUGAACAACAUGAAGAACUUGAGCAGAAUGGUCUACCCAUUAUACAGCUCUAGAGCCUGGCAUGGAUUGUACAAUGAUGGGAACGGUUGGAGGUGGUCAGAUGGAAGCAGCUCCUCCUUCAGGUUCUGGGAUAAAGGGAAACCAUACUACGCCAACUACUGUGCAACAUCAAAUUAUAGAGUCUCUGGAGGAUGGGAGGACUGGAACUGUCAAGAGAAGAAGGCUUUUGUUUGCUACGACACUCAGUCAAACUAAAGCAGAAGAASAGGAUGGAGAAAGUUCUGCUGAUCUUUGCUGCUGCAUCAGCUCUGGGCGCUGGCUCCUCGCUUCCUUUACGAACUUUUCAUUUUGUUAAAGAGCUGAAGACCUGGUCUGAAGCUCAGAGUUUCUGCAGAGAGAACUACAAAGACCUGGUGACCAUAGAGAACAUGGAGGACGUGACGACCAUCAACAACAACAUGUUGGCUUUAAAUUUAAAGCAAGCCUGGAUUGGAUUUUACGAUGAUGUGAACGGCUGGAGAUGGUCCAUGUCAGACUCAAACCUCUACCCCCAGGGUGAGAAACCCUUCAGGUACUGGAACCCUGGAGAACCAGACAAUUUUAAAGGAAUAGAGAACUGUGCUGGGAUAAUAUAUAAUGGAAUGUGGAGCGAUGUGUCGUGUUCUCUAACCAUGAACUUUAUCUGCUUUGAAGGUACAAAUGCAACGUUUGUCUUCAUAAACACCUUCAUGAACUGGACCCAGGCUCAGACCUACUGCAGAGAACACCACACAGACCUGGUCAGUGUCAUGAACCAGGCAGACAACCAGAAGGUUGUGAGCCUGAUCCCAGCAGAUAAGGGGGUCUGGAUCGGUUUGUUCAGAGACAGCUGGAAGUGGUCAGAUGGAAGCAACUCCUCCUUCAGGUUCUGGACAGGUGUGGAGCCCAACCACAUGAAUAGCAUGGAGUCCUGUGGUGGAGCUAAUACCGCAGCAGCUGGGGGCUGGGAGGAUCUGAUCUGUACCUACAAGUACUCGUCCAUCUGCUACGACUUUCCUCCUUCAAAGCAGGUGGUGAAGCUGAAGCUGAAGCUGGGGAAAGCCUCCUCUCUGGUUCUGGAUGACCCGGCUGUGCUGCAGCACCUGCUGACACAGCUGAACCAGAAGCUGAAGGACCAGUGGAAGAACAGGAACAUCACCCUGAGCUGGAGGAAGCAGGAGGACGGAAUCAUCUUCCACCUGGAGUCCAGCGAGGAGACUCUGUCGUAGAAAGACCUGCCUCGUCUGUGGUCUCCUGCUGCAGAGAUGGACUUCAGUCAAACUCAACGUUUUCACUGAGACUCAUUUUUUAAGAUGCUGAAUCAAACUGACAGUUACUGGAUGAUUUGAAUCUCAUUUGUUUUUCUUUGCGGUGUUCUGAUGUGACAUCAUGUAAAUCAGCUGAUUAUUCCAACAUGMUGUCUGAGGAGAUGUAAAUAUAUUUAAAUGUAUUAAAGACCUGUCACACAGAGAGUGAUGGGAGUGUUGCUAACAGCUGUUUUAGGAAAAAAUACAAAAAUAAACUUUAUUCAUUCUGAAA